AUGGUUCAGCUCACACAAGCUUUUACCGCCGUCCUUUUGGCUACGGGUGUUGUCGCGCAUCCUGGCGGCAACACCAACAGGGAGAUCUUGAGGCGACAGGCUCAUUUGGAUCACCCGAAUCGUCGAAGUGUUCAGGCAUGUAAGCGGGAUCUCGUCGAGACCGGAUGGGUUCGUGAGCAGCACCAAAGACGUGAGGCCAGGCUUCACGAACUUCGGGUCGCAGCUGGUUUCGCAAAGGAACAUGAACUUGUCCGCCGCGACGUUGCUGAAGUUGAAGAAAGUUACGGUGCUGAGGCAGCAUGCACGCUCGACCCUGAGGCUACUGAAGGCCCUUACUGGGUUACCGGUGAGCUCGUCCGUCAGGAUAUCUUGACUGGAGAGAAGGGUGCUAUCACUCAUUUGGAUAUCAACAUCAUCGACACCUCGUCUUGCAAGCCUGUCACCGAUGCUUACGUCGAGAUGUGGGGAAGCAACGCCACUGGUGUUUACACCGGUGUUCAGGCAAAAGGUAAUGGCGAUGGCUCUGCUACUGCUAUUGCGACCAAUGCUCUUCGGGGUGUGCAGCCCACUGGUGCUAACGGCACCGCCACCUUCAUCACCUUGAUCCCAGGGCACUAUGUUGGCCGCACAAAUCAUCUCCACACCAUCAUCCACCAUGGUGCUAAGCUCCUUGCCAACAACACCAUCCAGGGCGGUACCAUCUCGCACGUUGGCCAAUUCUAUAUCGAGCAGAACUUCAUGGGUGAAGUGGAGAAGACGUCUCCCUACAACACCAACAAGCAAGCCAUUACUACCAACGCAGCAGACCCACUUUUCAACAUGGCUAAGCAAGGCGGCGAUGAUCCAGUGAUGAAGAUUUCGCUCAUUGGCAAGACCAUCGAGGACGGCCUGUAUGCUACUAUCGAUGUCGGCGUCAACCCCAAGGCGAAGCAGAACCCUCAGCCAGUCAACAUGUGGACCGCAAACGGUGGCGUACCAGUCAAGGGGAGCCCAUGGGCGGGAUACCCCGACACUUGCUUAUACUGUGGAUUCAGGCCCCCAAAGGAGAAGAAGGACGUCCUCUCCGAGGACAGCAUCCUAGCAGGUCUUGUCUCGAACGACACCUCGCCUGCAUCUGCUGCGGAAGCAAUCCUGGACUCCGUCCGCACCUCGUCGUCGAAGCCUGAAGAUGAGGGAUUUGACGUCGUACGGUUAUUGCUAGAAACAGUAGCCGAGUUCUCGGAAUCGCAUGACGCUAUCAUCAAACUUCUGUUCGCUAUCCGUGAUAUACCUCCCUCACCGAAUCCAGUUUACACGUACCUCGCCUCGAUACAUUGUGAAGACUACGAUGGCUUGUCAGGGUUAAGAUACCUUUGGAAUCCGGAAUAUAAGCAAGCGCCAACACCAACACCAACCACACCUGGAGAUAGGUGGGUCAACUAUAACGUCUUUACUGUGAAGCUGGCCAAGUCCGGAUUUGACAAUGGAUAUUUUAUCUUUGGUUUCUUUUGUCUUCGGCAGACGCUUGAGACGAGUCAUGAGUCACGGGAGUUAGAAUUUGACAAACAUCUCCGCCCAACCUCGUUCAAGCAUUUUGCCAUCAAUGCUGAAGAGCUUGUGAGCUACAACUUGAUGGCGGCUGCAAAGUGCAGCUACUAG